AUGCCGGGUUUUUCUGGUAAAGCAGAAAUUUCGGGUCCCAUUAAUAUGUGUUUCCAUUCCAAUAAUGAGGAGCAUAACGAAAGGGAUAUUGUUUCUGUGAGUUCAGAUCAAUUAUCGAAAGAUAAACCUUUUGGCUCACAAGUAAUCAAAUGGAUUUCGAGUGUACCAGAAAGUAGCUCAGCAACCUUAAAGACACAAGAUGCAGAUUCCCAACUUUCUCAUAGGAGUUGGACAUCAUUUAUAUUUUCACCAGCAAUAAAACAUUUGAUCGCAGGUGGUGUCGCGGGAGCAGUAAGCAGAACAGUAGUCAGCCCUCUGGAAAGGAUGAAAAUUUUAUUUCAAAUACAAGGACCAGAGCCAGCUUCAUAUCGUGGAAUAAUACCCACAAUUGUAAAAAUGUGGCGAGAAGAAAGAUGGAUUGGUAUGUUGAGAGGCAAUGGCACAAAUGUAAUAAGGAUUGUACCAUAUAGUGCCACACAAUUCGCAUCUUAUGAAAAAUAUAAAAGGCUUCUUAUAGAAGAUGGAAAGAGUGAACUUGAUGCACCACGUCGUCUUACAGCAGGUGCAUUAGCCGGUAUAACGUCUGUCGCAUGUACGUAUCCACUUGAUAUAAUACGCACGAGGCUAUCAGUACAAUCGGCAAGUCUGUCCGUUAAAGAAAUGAAUAAAAAAUUACCAGGUAUCUGGCAAACAAUGAAAAUUAUUUAUCAUACGGAGGGUGGUAUCGUAGCAUUAUAUCGUGGAUUAUCACCAACUCUGAUGGGUGUAGCCCCGUAUGUAGCGCUAAAUUUUCAUUCCUAUGAAGUGCUACGUAAAUAUUUUACACCAAAAGAUCAAACGUCUCCUCCAGUUGCGCAAAAACUUAUGUGCGGUGCCAUCGCAGGAACGUUUGCUCAAACGAUAACAUACCCUUUGGACGUAUUGCGACGAAGAAUGCAAGUAACAGGGAUGCCGGGUGUCCCAUAUAAAUAUAAUGGAACAUGGGAUGCAUUGAAAAAGUUAAUCGUUCAAGAAGGU